AUGGCGGUGACUUCUGGUGUUCUCACUCUCAAACCUGCUUCUGGGACACCUUACCAAUUGAACAAUGAUCAGGUCACUCGGGCUUCUACCGCACUUCUACGACAUAUAAAGGCGCAGGAGAGGAAAGAAGCCGAGAAAUCGACGAAGAAGGAUCUCCUGGCUACCAAUAACGAUGACGACGGAUCAGAUGCGGGAGAGUCCGCGGCAGAUGGCACUCCAGUGUGGCUUGUUGUAACAACUAAAAAACACGUCGUGGACAAAAACCGCUUAAAACCAGGAAAAAUCCCCGUUCCACAUUCCCUGAACACCUCCCCGUCUCUCAGAAUCUGUCUCAUCACAGCCGACCCACAACGUGCAGUCAAGGACGUAAUUGCCGAUCCGCAAUUCCCGACAAGCUUGUCAUCGCACAUUACCAAGAUCAUCGGAUACACGAAGUUGAAGACCAGAUACCAGAGCUUUGAGAGCCGGAGACAGCUUCUAUCGGAACAUGAUGUUUUCUUAGCUGAUGACCGCAUUAUUAUGAGGCUGGUACAGACCCUCGGGAAGAUCUUUUACAAAUCCAGCAAGCGCCCAAUUCCUAUUCGCAUCGCAGAAGUGCAGAAGGUUGGGGGUAAGAGGGUGAAAAAGGAAGAUAGGAAGAGACCGCCUACUGAUGAAAAAUACUCUGCUGUCGCGUCGGCUGCUGUUGUUGCCAAGGAAAUCGAGAAGACUUUGGCUAGUGUUCCUGUUCACUUAGCGUCUGCUGCUACGACUUCUGUACGCGUUGGCUGGGCGAACUUUGUACCGGAGAAGUUAGUCGAAAAUGUGGAGGCGGUUGUUCAGGGCCUGGCGGAAAAGUUCAUCUCAAAGGGAUGGAGGAAUAUCAAGUCUCUGCAUCUGAAGGGUGCUAAUACGAUGGCGAUGCCCAUUUGGCUCGCGAGUGAAUUAUGGGUGGAUGAAGGCGAUGUGCGAGAAGAUGAGGAUGCUAAAGCUAUCGAAGUAUCGAAGAAAACGAGCAAGAAGCGAAAGUCAAUUGGAGAGGAGGAACCUACGAAAUCAAAGAAGUCGAAAACCGGUGAGGGGGGUGAUGAUGACGAUGCAGAAUUGAAUGCGUCGAGAAAAUUGAAGCUACGCGCUCAGAAGAUGCGGGCUUUAUCGGACGUUGAGAAGGACGCUGGUAAAAAAGUUACAGUAGUCUCAGCAGCUUCCAAGGGAGCUUCAACCCCCAACAAGAAGAAGUGA